CGUCUANACGAUUAUGGUUACCAAGUGAAAGCUAAGGAUAGCGAUCACUAUCGUCAAGAGAAGGGGGACGGAAAGGGUGGUGUUGUAGGCAGUUACGGCUAUAAAGAUAAGAAGGGUAUCUAUCGUGAAGUGGAUUACGUAGCUGAUAAAUUCGGUUUCCGUGCUAAGGUGAAAACCAACGAACCCGGCACUUCCAAUCAAAAUCCUGCUCAUGCUGAUUUCAUUCAUCAUCAUCCACCCCCACACGCUUACGCCGAUAAAGGUUAUCAUCAUCACCAUCACGGUUUGGGUGCUCUAGCUGGUUUGGGUGCUCUGGGUGGACACGGACACGGUCACGGACACGGACACGGUCAUGGCCAUGGAUUAGGAGGACUCGCAGGACUCGGCCAUCUCGGUGUUCUUGGUUAA